AUGGCUCCAAGCACUACCGAUUCUAUUGCCAAUUCAGAGGGAGUUGUCACCAAAAAGGCAACUUUUUCUAUAUCAUCCAUAAAGACCGCAUCAUAUCCUACGCGCAGCUUGGAGUUUCUCCAAAAAUUGGAUCAAACAACCGCUUCUCAUGGGCUUCACAACGGCUCAUCGCACCUCAAUGGAGGAUCGAAAUCAUCACCUUUGCUUUUCAAGGUGAUCAUUGUGGGCGCUGGACUUGGCGGUCUCGCCACAGCAAUUGCCCUAGCACGGAAAGGUCACGCUGUUACAGUGCUUGAGCAAGCCCCAGCACUUGGCGAGGUUGGAGCUGGUAUCCAAGUUCCGCCCAAUUCUGCUAGGCUGCUCUUGAAAUGGGGCCUUGGGCCACUCCUUGGAAAAAGAGUCGUCGAGCCUGAGGGUAUUACCUUUCGGCGAUGGAGCAAUGGAAAGCCCAUUGGUUAUACCAAGCUUCAACCGGACUUUCGAAGCUCAUUCGGGGCGCCUUAUUAUGUGGUACACAGAGCCCAUCUCCAUGAUGCAUUGCACCAACUGGCGCUACAGCUCGGAGUAGAUGUCAGAGUCAACCACAAAGUCAUUGAAUACAAUGAAGAAAAUCCUUCUGUCAAAAUCGAGGAUGGAACCAUACUUUCAGCCGACCUCAUAAUUGCCGCCGACGGCGUCAAGUCUUUAGCACGCAACCACAUCCUGCGUCACGAGAAAAAGGAGCCCAUUUGCACAGGCUUUGCUGCCUAUCGGGCAACUGUGGAUGUUGAAAAGAUGCGCGAUGAUCCUGAUACCGCAUGGCUCCUAGAGAAACCCGCUCUCAAUAUCUGGAUCGGCCAUGAGCGGCAUGUCAUGACAUACACAAUUGCUUCUGGCAAAUCUUUCAACAUGGUACUGUCUCAUAUUGAUCAUUCUGAUCCCAGUACUUGGCGUCCAGAGACGGCCAUUGAUGAUAUGAGAGCUUAUUUCGAGGGAUGGGAUCCAAAGCUGUUCAAGGUUAUCAGUAAGAUUAAUAAGACGCUCAAGUGGCCUCUUAUGUCCGGGGAUGCUUCUAUCUCACGUUGGGUGGCUCAAUCUGGCAAGCUUUUAAUGCUCGGCGAUGCUGCACAUGCAAUGGUCCCGUACAUGUCGCAAGGAGCUGCCAUGGCUGUUGAGGAUGGAGCUGCUCUGGCAACAUCAUUAUCCCAUGUUACAGACCUCUCAGAAUUGCCAAAGGCGCUCUCUAUCUUCGAGACUGAGCGCAUGAAACGCAGUGGCCAGAUGCAGGAAGCCAGUCUAGUGAAUGGAAAGCUAUGGCAUUUCGAAGACGGGCCUGAGCAACAAGCUAGGGAUGAAGCGAUGAGACCGGAGGUUGAAGGAAGGCAUUUCAUUCAGAGUCCUAACCAGUGGAGCGAUCCAGUAACGCAAGCAUGGGCAUAUGGGUAUGAUGCUGAGGAAGAAAUUGAGAAGCGAUGGAAGCAGUCGAAGUAA